GGAGACGCGCAGCGUGUCUCCCCAGCAGCUGCGGGAGAGAAGAAUGGGAAUGGGAACAGAUUUGUGGAUUGCAGGCGAGGGAGCGCGUGGAAACAUGAGGACAGUUUAAAAUAGACUCAUAUUUUUAAAUCGUUAAUUAUCCACAUCGUAACAGGAGUUUGUCCCGAUAUUUUCUCCUGUUGAGGAGAAGGAUAUUUAUUUAUUAUCUUGGACAGCACUGAGGGAAAAACGGGAAGCCUCUUUGUGAAUCCUAUUUCACAAGGACAAAAGCCCAGCCGCAGAGUGGAGUGGUGGUCUGACCUUUACCCUCAGUAGGAAGAAAGGAAAAGCCACUUCAGAGAUGGAUCAGGUAUCGGACGACGAGCUGGACCACGGGGCAGAGGAGGACAGCGACAAGGAGGACCAGGACCUGGACAAGAUGUUUGGGGCCUGGCUGGGCGAGCUGGACAAGCUCACACAGAGUCUGGAUGACGAUCGGCCACAAAAAGCACUGCAGAAGCCGCCUCUCAGGCAGGAGACGAACAUAGCCAACUUCUCCUACCGCUUCUCUAUGUACAACAUAAAUGAGGCUCUGAAUCAGGGAGACACCGUCGACCUGGAUGCCCUGAUGGCCGACCUUUGCUCCAUCGAGCAAGAGCUCAGCACCAUCUCCAAACCAAACUUGGCGUCUCGCAGCCAGAACAAGGGACAACAGAGGGGUCCCGGGGGCCGCAGUGCCAGCACCAAGCACCCUGGCACCAGCGGAGGGGGAAGCAGCGGAGGAAGCACGAGCAGCAGUGCCAGAGCGUCGCCGGCCAGCACGGUUCGAGGCGGCAGCACCAGCUCCCGACCCGCGGCCUCCAACAUCUCCCUGGACGACAUCACCUCCCAGCUGGAGAAGGCCUCCCUCAGCAUGGACGAAGCGGCGCGUCAGACUUCCUCUUCGUCUUCUACUUCGUCUUCCUCGUCUUCGGUCUCCUCCACAGCUUUGCGGCGCCCCUCCUCCGGAUCGUCCGGCGGCGGGCAGCACCGCAGAACCGGCUCGGUGGGCACCGCCUGUGAGCAGGAGGCUCAGUCGCAGCGCUCCAGCAUUAAUUCGGCGUGCGCCUCGGCUUCCAGCAUGGACUCCCUGGAUGUGGAUAAAGCGAUGACGGGAGGAGAGGCAGAUGAGCGGGGCAGUCCGAGCUCGCAGGGGCAGAACCAGACCAGCACAGAGCAUGUCACACUGCGACGGGCCAGCAGUAGGCCGGCCAGACGCCAGCUUGACUUCACCUCCCACGAGGGUGAAGUGGACCGGGCCACUCAUUCCUAUCUGGACCGAGAAACCUCACUCAUUCUGAAAAGCAUAGCUGGGAAGCCUUCUCACCUCCUGACCAAGGAGGAGCAAGCCGCCAAGAUCAAGGCAGAGAAGAUCCGUGUYGCUCUGGAGAAAAUCAAGGAGGCGCAGGUCAAAAAGCUGGUGAUUCGGGUCCAUAUGUCAGACGAGAGCUCCAAGACCAUGAUGGUGGAUGAGCGGCAGUCGGUCAGACAGGUGCUGGACAGCCUGCUGGAUAAGUCUCACUGUGGCUACAGUCCGGACUGGUCUCUGGUGGAAACCAUUACGGAGCUGCAGAUGGAACGUAUAUUUGAAGACCAUGAGAACUUGGUGGAGAACCUGUUAAACUGGACCCGGGACAGCCACAACAAACUCAUGUUCAUCGAGCGCAUCGAGAAGUACGCUCUCUUCAAGAACCCCCAGAACUAUUUGUUGGGGCGGAAGGAGACGUCAGAGAUGGCUGACCGGAAUAAAGAAGCUCUACUAGAGGAAUGCUUCUGCGGUGGAUCGGUGUCGGUGCCAGAGAUUGAGGGGAUUCUGUGGCUCAAAGAGGAUGGAAAGAAGUCGUGGAAAAAGCGUUACUUCCUCCUCAGGGCUUCAGGGAUCUAUUAUGUCCCAAAAGGCAAAGCAAAGGCGUCCAGAGAUCUUGUGUGCUUCCUGCAGUUGGAUCAUGUUAAUGUGUAUUAUGGACAGGACUACCGCAGCAAAUACAAGGCUCCUACUGAUUACUGCCUGGCCCUGAAGCAUCCCCAAAUCCAGAAGAAGUCCCAGUACAUCAAAUACCUUUGCUGUGAUGAUGUUAGGACCCUGCACCAGUGGGUGAAUGGCAUCCGCAUCGCCAAGUAUGGCAAGCAGUUAUAUGUGAACUACCAGGAAGCAAUGAAGAGGACAGAGGCAGCCUAUGAUUGGUCAUCUCUGUCUACCUCCAGCAUUCGAUCAGGCUCCAGUUCUGCCAGUAUACCUGAGUCCCAGUCCAAUCAUUCAGGUCAUUCAGACAGUGGAGUGGACACAGCCUCCUCUCAUGGCCGGUCCCAGAGUGUGGUGAGCUCCAUUUUCUCUGAAGCCUGGAAGAGGGGAACCCAGAUGGAGGAGAGUUCUAAAACCAGGAUGGAGGCGUCGCGUGGAUCGACGCAUUCCUCCCACAGCCACCGGCUUCACAGCCAGCAUUCAGUGGACCACCCCAUCCUCACUCCCCCUCCACAGCAGCAGCAGCAGCAGCAGCAGCAGCACCACCCACCUCAGCCAUCUUUAACGCAACAACCGACAUUGAUCCAACCACAUCAGCCUCCGUCACCUCCCCAGAUGCUGCCACCUCCACCCCCAGAGAUUCUACAACCUCCACCUCCGCCACCCAAGUCUCCAGAGCCGCAGCCCAGCAUUAGUUAUGAUCAGCAGGAACCAGCUGCUGCUCCCAGUCCACCUCCACCCCCUCCACCGCCACCCCCUCCACCUCCUCCACUGCCUCCAGUGCAAAUAGUGUCGCACCACUCGCCGGCCCCCACCAUGUACAAGUACAGCACCAUCACCCGGCUGCAGAACCAGAAGACUUCUCUCAAGCUACCGGCGACGGCUAAGCAAGUCCUGCCUCCACCUCCGACGCCACCUGCGCAGGUCAUCAAGCCCAACGUAAAUCACAUUGCUGCAAGGACCAACGUCCCACCUCCUCCUCCUCCUCCACCUCCACCGUCAAUGCCAACCCCGGGGUCCGCGAUGGCGGUUUUGCGAUUUGGCCCUUUCAACCCGGCUGCUCCUCCCCCCUUCAUCCCACUGCCUCCUGCAUUGCACGCCAGCAACAUGACAUUUCCUCCUCCUCCGCCUCUGCCUCCACCUGUUGCACCAACCCCCAUGAGACAGACUGUUCACGCCAGCGGGCUGCAGCAGGUACUAAAGGAGCGGUUUCCCAGUCCGCCACGAGAACUGCUGUCUCACAACGGGGAUCUUGAGGACUCCCCACCGCCUGCUCCAGCACCACCACCACCACCUCCGCCACCUCCACCGCCACCCCCACCUCCUCCUCCACCACCCCAGCAAUGCCCAAUACCAGCACAGUUUCCGCCUCCUCCUGGACCCCCCAGAGCUCCACCCAAAACCUUCACUCCUGGUUUUAUACCUCACACUGCACCCAAACCCAUGUCCCCAGUAUCACCAUUCCCUCCUGCUCCAACUCCCCCACCUCCGCCCCCACCACCUCCACCCCCUCCUGCACCUUCUCACCUAAAGAAGCAGCUCAGCCUCCAGCAGGGUCACACCCACCCUCCGCCUACCCUCCCCAAGCAGCACAGCCUGACUAAAACAGUGAGCGUUUCCGCGGGAGCUGCACCUACCAUGUCUUUGGUGAAGCAGUUGGCAAGUCAGUUUCCAGGAGCUUCAUCUCAAGUCAACCAUGCUGAGUACCCUAAAGCCCCACUGUCCCCUCCAGCUGUGAAAACGAAACCAAAAUGGCAGCCUGGCGGUAACCAACAGCUGCCGUCUCCAGAGUUCCCCCCUCCUCCAGGAGAGGGCAACAACAGCUUCCCUGCACCACCGCCCCCGCCUCCUCCCCCAGCACCUAUCACUGGCCCAACGCCCCCGCCUCCGCCUCCAGCACCCAUCACUGGCCCAACGCCACCUCCCCCGCCUCUUCCCUCUGGAAACAUGGGCUCUCCAUUGAAGAGAUCGCCAUCUGGCUCCUCCAGUUUCGGUGGUAAGAAGCCCCCUCCAACUCCUCAGAGGAACUCCAGCAUUAAGGCCAACUCGUCAGCCUCUUACGAGGAAUCCAGGAGGAAUUUGCUCAGCAAGUUUGCUCCCCAGGGCAAUAGCACCCCGUCUUCCCCUUGUCCCGUCUCCUCCUCCAUUGGAUCUCCUUUAAAGGAUCCUUCAAAUGGGCCUCCUGCACCUCCUAAACCAGGAAAGCUCAACCUGUCUAACCUACCUUUGGCGCUUCAAGCUAAAGUAAGCCAGGCCAAACAAGCAGGUGGUGACUUUCCGUCUCCUCCACCCGAGUGCGCCUACUUUCCACCUCCUCCCCCUGUCUCUGAGCUUUUCCCUCCUCCACCGCCUCCAGGCAAUGAUGUCCCGAGGGUAGCCGUGGUAAACCCUCAACCCCAAGCUCCCCCUCCUCCACCGCCUGUCUCCCUUGUUAGCAACUCAAUAUGGGCAAAGAACUCCCUAAAAAAGACUCCUCCGCCCACCCUAGGGCGGCGAAGCAACACUACCCCGGAACCGCCUGGGAUAUCUCCACCUCCGCCCACAUCUCCAAAAGGUAGCUCAGGUCAGCCCAACUUCCUGGCAGAUCUCAGCCAGACUUUGAAACGCAAGUCGGUGGGUCGCCAGGCUCCAGGCCUCCCUGGCAAACUGGACCCAGCAGGGACCAUGGACGACAUGGCGCUGCCUCCGCCACCCCCGGAGCUGCUACUGGACCAGGGGAAGCAGAGCAACGGAGGAAACGACGGCUAUAUGUCCGGAAACAUCUCAGGCUAUGCAACGCUGCGAAAAGGACCACCACCCGCACCGCCCAAACGCGGGGACGCAACCAAACUUACCGGAUAACGUUGAACUCUGAGAUCAGGACACAACGCAGCUGGCUGAACAGACGUUAUUACCUAAAUGGAUAUGAAAUCCUGAACUUCUUAAAUUCUCUUGUGAUCAUUGAUGAAUUGGUGAUCUUGUAUAUACAAAAAGCCAAAUCCGACCACCGAAUCCAAACAGUGCAUUUUGUAAAACAGUACCAAGACUGUUAAGACUGGACCAGGUAAGUAUGAAGGAUCCAGGUCUGAGCCAAAUCAUGUUUGCUUUCCUUUUCUUUUCUUUUCUUUUUUUAUUCCCAUAAAGCUAUGCCACGUACUGGAUACAAACAGAGAAACGGAUUGGAACCACAUGUUUCUGCUUUGACCACUGCAUGAACCACAUGUGAUAACAGGCUGGAGUUGUCCUGGGUUGAGUGUGUGUCUCUGUGUGUGUAUGAAUGAGAGGGAAACAUGCAUUGUCUGCAUGCAUGAUUACAUAUAUUGGUGAAGUAGUUGAUCAUUAUGGAAGGCUGCCAUGUUUUCUUUUGUAUGAAAUAAUUUAAAGACUGAUGAAUUUAACAUUGUUUUGUUUUUGUUUUUUUAACGCUGGCCAACAAAUUUUGCCUAAACCGGAGAAAUGUUUGGUCACUUCAGCAUGUAGGAUUGAGGCGAAUAUAAACAAGAAGAAAGGAAUUCUGCUACACUAAUGAAUCUCCAAAAAAAUUGGGAAAAAUUCAGUUUCUCGGAAAAUUUGAAUGUUACAUAAGACAAAUAAGAGAAGGAUUUUAAUACAGAAAUAUUAUGCUAUAUGCUGAGCAUCUCCACAAUUGUAAUCCACAAAUGCUAAAGGAGCUGGCUCUAUCCAAAGAUUUUUAAAGGAAAGUUGAGUUCUGCUAUGUUUUAUCAAAUCCAAAAUCGGCACAGUGGUACUUCAUGCUGGUUGGUUUUCAUUUCAAGCAGGACUUGGCACCACCUGAACUCACUUGACAUAAAACCGAAUGGAGAUUCUGUGGAGUUCUAUCAAGAGGAAGAUGAGACAAUAGAGCCAACAAUGCAGAUGAGUUGGUGGUCAUUAUCAAAUCAAUCUAAACCUCCUUAACUUAUGCAAAAGUCCCAAUCAAAGAUUGAAGUAUUACUUAGCAGUACACUAACAUUUCUGAAUUAAAAGUUCUUUUUAUUGCUUUUAUGUAACAUUUCUGCAACCUAAAUUUUGGGUUUUAAGCCAUAAGCAAAAUGAACAAAAAUAGAUAAUUUUUUUGUGUAAUUUCACUUUCUGAACUUACUGAAGUAAGCUUUUGGAUGGUAUUCUAAUGCASUGAGAAGCAYCUGUAGUAUCUGCAGAACUUUCUCAGUUCAAAAUUCAUUGAUCUUUUUACAAAAAUGUAAAUGUAAAGGAAGCCUCAUUAUGAACAUCUUGGAAAAACUUUUUUAUUAUUAUUAUUUAAUGCAAAAUUAGGAGGAACUGUUUAAAUGGAGGUGGUUUGUUUAUCUGUGUGAGUUCCUUGUGUGUUGGCUUGAUUUUUGGACCUCAUCCCACGUCACCACUGGUUCCCAACGCCUUUUGAAAUCUGGAAUACAAACUGGAAUCUCAUCUUAGUACACACUGAAGGAGACGUAUUCGCCUGGUUAAUGUACAGAGCAUUACACCGUGUAUUUAAUAACCCACCAUCAGACUUGCAUUAGACCGAAUGUGCUUUGAAUCCCGUAUUGUUUCUUCAUGGUGCCAUUGCUGCUUAAGCCGACGGCGCACAAGGACAGCAGUGCCUAGAAAGCGGAGCAUGAAGGGGUUUCCUUGCCUUGCAGCAGUACUUUUAUUUUCCGGGUUCUUGUGCUGUCCAUGAAGUCCCCCAUUCCCCACGUGUCCUUUUGUGCCAUGAUGACAUAUCAGUAAUAUUUUCACAUAAUUUAACUGGUGUUUUAAGCAGAGGGAGUUCGUGCCGGUUUCCCUGCUGGUUGCCUCCGCUGAAGGACUUCAACAUGCUUCUCAUUUGUCUGAGUCGGCAUAUCUUAAACCACCUUGACGGGACGUUUGCUAGAGUGCAGUUUGUAAGCUAUUAAUGUGGUAAAGUGUGAAGUAAAGGCAAAGAAAGUUGAAGUCAAUGUUUCCUCUUGCAUAUAAACUGAAAAUCCCAAUAUACAUGUUCAAACCAGACCUCAA